AUGAUAUUAAAUUGUGUCAAACAAUGUUUCAACGAACUGAUUUAUUUUAUAUGCUUUAUUUAUGCUAUAAUUUUACCAAGUAUAGUAUGUUGUGAAGAAUUAGAUGCACGAAUUUCUCUAGAAGUUGAAGGGACGGGAUUUCAUAGAGAUUUAAUAUAUCAAAUACGUAUUGAUCCUUUUGUAGAGAAAUGUUAUAUUGCUAUUUAUUUACAACUUCCAUCUGCAUUGUAUGUUAACGUUAAUGAAUUAAUUCAUCUAAGGAGACUAGGAGUUACUACAGCAUGUUCUGUUGGAGAAACAGAUAUUGAAUUAUUCACAGAAAAGGCAGGAAUACAAAAUGUAACUAUUUGCUCACAUUUAACUUCUAUAGAAUCUACCUUAAAACUCCCAAUACAUCAACGUUAUCAAUAUGCUAAUGAAAAUAAUAGAUAUAUAAAUAUUACUUUACCAAAACCAAAGUUACUAUUAGGUUGCAAAGAAAGAAUUAAAGAAUACAGAGUUUCUAAAAUUGAUUUGUGCUCUCCGUGUGUAGAAAUUAUACCUAAAUGGAGAGAGAUUCCAUAUAUCAUGGUAAAUGACAAGAAUAUUGAGAAUCUAUGGACAACACCAGUUGGUGAAGCAAGUAUGUUACGUGUAGUAACUUAUAUUACUUUAAUAUUAACAACUUUAUGUACAGUAUUACUUAUGCAAACAAUUUGGAACUCUAUACCAAAACAACAUUUAAAAAGAGACUAA